AUGGGGGAGGAUGAGCCACCCGUAUUGCGGGCGGCUUCAUCAUGGAAACAACCAUUGAAGGGCUGGAUUCUAACCACCAUCCUGUUCUUCUCCUCCCUCUACGGCGUUUUCUACGUGUUGCUACCGUUAUGGCCAAUUCUGUUAUUCCGCCCGUCCACCUAUCGAUUAUUAGCUGACCGUAUGAUAGGGCUUUGGUUGAUACUGCCCGGUGGUCUACUCAAAUUCCUAUUUGGCAUCAAAGUCUCGGUGGUUGGGGAUUUUAUUGAACAUGCUGAGCCGGCGGUGAUCAUUAUGAACCAUCGCACAAGAUUGGAUUGGCUCUUCUUUUGGACGGCCCUCUAUCAACAAGACCCAUGGCUGCUCACUUCCGAAAAAAUCAGCAUGAAAAGCAUCCUAAAAUAUGUACCUGGCGCUGGCUGGGCAAUGCAAGUCGCCUCCUACAUAUUCCUCGAUCGAACCUUCGAAAAAGAUCAACCAAUAUUACGUCGAAUUUUGAACUACUACUCGCACAUAGGCAAUAAUUAUCAGGUGCUCCUCUUCCCAGAAGGGACUGAUAAAUGUCACCGUGCAACGGCUAGGGGAAAGAUUUUUUGCGAGAAAAAGGGAAUUGCCGAAUACGAGUAUUUGCUACAUCCUCGCAUCACUGGCUUUGUUUUUAUGAUCCAGGAGAUGCGAAAAAACAAUUAUAUCAAAUACCUUUACGAUGUCACGAUCGGGUUCAAAGAUGCCAUUGCUCAGUCAGAAGCUGAUAUGUGCUUCAAGGGGCUCGUACCGACAGAUAUUCACUACCAAAUUCGCAAAAUUCCGAUCACCGAAUUGCCGGAAGAUGAUGAGGGGCUGAAGGAUUGGCUAACCAAGCUUUGGGCAGAGAAAAACGAGAAGCUCAGAGACUUUUACACGCGGCGGCGGAAGAGCGCUGAGACAUUUGAAAACACCCCGAAUGGCCGAAGUUGGCCUAUGACUGCUGAAGCGGGUCGAUUCCAAGAUGCAAUUGUUAUUGCCUGGUUAACAGUAUCUUCUGUGUGGGCAAUCGGAUAUCUCUUCCUACCUCUACAAUGGUUCUAUUCGUUUGGUUGUUGUUUAGCGAUAGCGAUUGUUUCUUAUCGAUUCGGCGGACUUGAAUGGCUCUCUGUUACAAUCCUAGAGAACGGCUGGAAGAAGAAGAGGAUGGUAUCGGUGGCGCUGUCGCGCUUCGUUGUAUUGACAUGUGGAACCCUUUACCCAGCCUAUAGAAGUUUUAAGGCAGUGAGAACCAAAGAUGUGCGAGAAUAUGUAAAAUGGAUGAUGUACUGGAUCGUAUUCGCGCUUUUUAUCUUUAUCGAGUCGAUCGCCGAUCUGUUCGUUUCGUUCUGGUUCCCAUUCUACUAUGAAGCAAAGAUCCUAUUCGUCUUGUGGCUGCUGAGCCCUUGGACAAAGGGUGCAUCGAUUUUGUAUAGAAAAUGGAUUCAUCCGGCCCUCACAAAACGCGAAAAAGAAAUCGAUGCGUUGCUUGAUCAGGCAAAGUCGGAAAGCUAUAAUCAGCUGGUGAAGAUUGGCUCUCAAUCGCUGGUUGCGGCAAGGGAUAUUGUUGCCCAGGCAGCAAUUCGAGGCCAAGCUCAAAUUGUACAACAACUGCAAAGGAGCGUCAGCGCUCAGGAUGUAAAUAUGGAAAUUUCUGAGCGACGAAGAGGAAAGGUUGACAUCCAAGAGAUUGUCGAGGAAGUGGACUCAGAUCACGAGCGGGAUGAUAGACAUCAUCGUAAUGACGACGAGGGUGUGCAGGUUCGCCGCCGCUCUUCACGUUCCCGGUCCAGAAAUCGUCAGGGUGCUGGGUCGUCUUUUGAACCACCAGAAGACUACCCGGCGACGAUCCCUCGACGCAAUCCACGUCGCUAU